GUCACUUCCUCCCCAUCCGCUCUUGGGCAAGCAGGAGGGAGGCCGUAGCUCCUGCCGCCUCCAGGCUCCUGCGCUGGCAGCCAGCGCCAUGGGCAGCUUGCUGCAGUUUCUGAAGUUGGUGGGGCAGCUGAAGAGAGUCCCACGGACUGGCUGGGUAUACAGAAAUGUAGCAAAUCCAGAGAGCGUUUCAGACCAUAUGUACAGGAUGGCAAUCAUGGCUAUGGUAACUGAAGAUAAAGCACUUAAUAAAGACAGAUGCAUCCGGUUAGCUCUGGUUCAUGAUAUGGCUGAAUGCAUAGUUGGUGACAUUGCUCCUGCUGACAAUGUUUCCAAAGAGGAGAAACACAGACGAGAGGAGGAAGCUAUGAAACAUUUGACCCAGGUGCUGUCUGAAGAGCUGAGAAAAGAAAUUUAUGAACUCUGGGAAGAAUAUGAACACCAGUCAACUGCAGAAGCAAAAUUUGUAAAAGAGCUGGACCAGUGUGAGAUGAUACUUCAAGCCUUGGAGUAUGAAGAGUUAGAGAAAAAACCUGGAAGACUUCAAGACUUCUAUGAUACAACGGCAGGUUUUUGGUAAUGCUCAGCCUACCUAACACUUUCACAUGACACCCCCCAAGUUUCCUGAACCAUUGAUGGUCCCCAAAUCCUGCUUUGAAAGGCAGGAAGAAUGUCACACACUGCUGCUUCAUGCUGCCACCUGGUGAUGCCCUGAUGCUUCAAGGAUUAAGGAAAUCACAGGGCAUGAGCAUCAGGAAUUUUCCAUACUUUGAAAUGUCCCUUCCUAAAACUAUAAUAGGGUAAGAGCAGCUCAGUAUAAAACAUGAGAGGCUAUCCAACAUAACAAGAACAAGCAUUUCUUGUUGAGGAAGGUGCUUUUAUCUCACUGCUAUAUUCUUGGUACAUAGCAGAAUGAGAAAACAUGUUAACGGUGAUCUCUUG